CCUUGCUCUCUCUUUACUUAGGUUCCUUCUUAAGAACUCUCACUGUUAGGUGCUUGAGAGUUUGUCAAUUCCGCUAGCACCGCCAUUUUACCUAAUUCAUCAUGAGUUCAGGCAGUUCGGUAGAACGCCGCCAUGAGGUGGUUGAGAAGGGCAGCCCGACUGAGUUGGAGCAGGUUCACACUGCGGAGAAGGUCCCUGGGCACGACAAUUAUUACGAGAAAGAUGGCCUGAGAACGUAUGGCGACGGUUUGGACCAUGACCAUGAGCCUAAGAUGACCUUCAAGCGGUUCAUGUCCCUCGUGAGCAUGGCGCUUCUCUGGACCGGCUCCCAGAUCCCCGUAUACCUCUAUGGUGGUGCACCACCGUACAUAUACGGCGACAUUGGCGGUUCUGAUCGAUGGACGUGGUUCAUUAUAGCGAAUCUUUUGGCCCUCGCUGCCGUCUGUCCCUUCGUUGGUAGUAUAUCAGACUUGAUUGGCCGUCGCUAUGUCGCAAUGAUCGGCGCCUCUUUCCUCGUCAUCGGUAAUAUCAUCGGAGCGACCGCGAAGUCGAUGAACAUCUUCAUCGCCGGCCAUGUCUUCAUGGGAGCAGGCGCCGGGAUCAACGAGUUGACCGCCCUUGCCGCGGCCUCGGAAAUGGCACCAACCCGAAAGCGAGGCACCUACAUCGCCGCCCUCAUCUUCACUAUCAUUCCCUUCGUGCCGUCCGUCCUGUACGCGCAGCUGAUCUGCUACUACGCGACCUGGCGCUACAUUGGCCUUUUCUGUGGCGUCUGGGCUUUCGUCGGCCUCCUUGGAAUCGCCUUCUUCUACUUCCCCCCUCCCCGAGUCAACUCGGCGGGCCUGUCCCGGAAACAGGUCAUCGCCGAGAUUGACUUCAUCGGAGGGUUCCUUUCGAUUUCGGGCAUGAUCCUUUUUAUGAUGGGUCUCCAAUGGGGCGGAAGUCAGUACAAGUGGGCCACUGUGCAUGUCUUGGUUCCCCUGAUCCUUGGCGCUCUCAUUCUGAUUGUCUUUGCUGUAUGGGAAGCUAAGUGGGCGAAGCACCCGAUGUUCCCCCACCGCCUGAAGCAAAACCCGCGUGUUCUCGCCCUGACGCUCGUCAUCACCUUUAUUUCCGGUGCCAAUUUCUUCGCCGUCCUCAUGUUCUGGCCCACCCAAGCCUUCAACGUAUACGGCCAUGACCCCGUCGGCAUCGGCCUCCGUGGACUUCCGAUCGGCCUAGCCAUCAUGACUGGCGCUUGCGUCGUUCUCGUCCUGAUCAGUGUGCUCCGCGGCCAGAUCCGAGCUUUGAUGGUCGCCUCGUCCGUCUUGAUGACCGCCGGGUGUGGCGCCAUGGCCAUCGGGGAAACGGACAACAUGCACCAACUCUGGGGGAUCCUCGUCCUCGCCGGGCUCGGCAUCGGUGGCAUCCUCGUACCAGCGUCAAUUAUCACGACCAUCAUAUGCCCCGACGACUUGAUUGCAACCGUCGCGGCUCUGACACUCGCCAUCCGUGUCAUCGGCGGGGUCAUCGGCUACAGCGUCUAUUACAACGUCUUCGUCAACAAGUUCACCGAGAACGCCAAGUUCUAUAUCGGCGGCCUGAUGGUGACCAAAUUGGGCAUCUACGACGUGGAUCUCAUCACAGAAGUCAUCGAACUUACCGGGGCCUCUCAAACCGACGAAAUCGCUCAUCUCCCAGGACUUGACAACCCCGUGGUCCACGCGGCUAUCGUCAAGGCGGGCCAAAUUGCCUUUGCCGCCUCGUACAAAUUUGUGUAUUAUGCCAGCAUUCCAUUUGGUGUCCUCUGCAUCUUCGCAGCGGCAUUCCUUGGUGACAUCAGCAAGUAUAUGGAUGACCAUGUUGCUGUCGUGAUCACCUAAAAUGAACCUUAUGAGAUGGAAGUCGGCUUGUACAUAGGUCGAUAGACUUUGACCGUUUUGCUAUUGAAGUCGCAACGCUGCGCAGAUUGGUGUUUCGCUGCCAAGUUAACUGAGAGUGUUCAAUCGACCAACACAAUUACGGUUACGGGAAAAGCGGAACUCAGGAGUGACGUGAACUUGCAACAAUACUAUCUUUGACUCACGUGA